ACAUUCAUAUACAUAGAUACACACAUACACACACACACACACGCUGUGUCCCUCCUCCUCUAACUGAGCACAGGGCUGACGAGAGACAGACCCCCAUUCUGCUGCCUUUCCCCUACAGCAGAACAACAAUGCUACAAGUUAACUAAUUACUCAGCAGGGUAAAAUCAGAGGCAAGAAACCCAGCAGCAGGACUACAAAGAUCUGUGGAAUAACUACUUUGUUACCUGCCUGACUUACUCUGUUACAAGGUUGCUUACAGCCGGUCUCAUUGCUGCAGGCUGCUGCUGCUGCUUGCCUUUUGGAGGAGUUUAUUUUCACUUGUGAUAUAUUUGGGGUUUGUGUCUUAACCACAAACGGAUGUGAAGGAGAAAGGUGUUUCUGUGCAAACUGAAAUACCUCUUGCUACUUCUUUCAGCCAGCAGGGUUCUGUGUUUUCCUUUCGGCUUGCUGGACAUAAUACAAGAGAGGAAUUGCUUGAUGUGUACAGUGAAAUGGAUGUAAGAUUUUAUCCACCACCAGCACAGCCUGCUGCAGCUUCUGAUGCUCCUUGCCUGGGACCUUCUUCUUGCUUGGACCCCUACUACUGUAACAAGUUGCAUGAACAAAGAACAUGGAGCAAGAUUUACACUAAUCAGUUUGAUGGAGAGAACAUGUAUAUGAGCAUGACAGAGCCAAACCAGGACUAUGUGCCAGGAAGCCAGUCAUAUCCUGGCCCGAGCCUAGAAAAUGAAGACUUUAACAUCCCACCAAUAACACCGCCUUCACUGCCAGACCAUACACUUGUGCCAUUGUCAGAAACAGAAAGUGGAUUCCACUCCCUCUGUCACCCAGUGAAUCAAAAUGGUCUUCUCCAAUUCCACCCUCAGAACAUGGAUUUACCAGCAAUUACAGUGUCCAAUAUGCUGGGUCAAGAUGGCUCUCUGCUCGCCAACUCCUUGUCAGUGAUGCAAGAGCUGCAAAAUUCUGAAGGUACACAAUAUCACUCACAAAUGGCAGCUAUGAGGCCAAGAGCCCAGCCACCAGACAUCAGACAGUCAGGAAUGAUGCAACAUGGUCAGCUGACUACCAUCAAUCAAUCACAGCUCAGCGCUCAGCUUGGACUCAACAUGGGAGGAAACAAUGCUGCCCAUAAUUCACCAUCUCCUCCUGGAAGCAAAUCAGCAACCCCAUCACCAUCUAGUUCAGUGCAUGAAGAUGAAGCGGAUGAUAAUUCAAAAAUCAGUGGAGCAGAAAAACGCCCAGCACCGGAUAUGGGAAAGAAGCCUAAAACUCCAAAGAAGAAAAAAAAGAAGGACCCCAAUGAGCCCCAGAAGCCCGUUUCUGCCUAUGCAUUGUUUUUCAGAGAUACACAGGCAGCCAUUAAAGGCCAAAAUCCAAAUGCUACUUUUGGUGAAGUUUCCAAAAUAGUUGCCUCAAUGUGGGAUGGACUAGGAGAGGAACAAAAGCAGGUAUACAAAAAGAAAACGGAGGCUGCCAAAAAGGAAUAUCUAAAGCAGUUGGCUGCUUACAGAGCAAGUCUUGUAUCCAAGAGCUACAGUGAUCCUGUUGAUGUCAAGGCACCCCAGCCUUCUCAAAUGAUGAAUGCAAAAGCACCAGUUUUUCAUGGGACCACACAAGCACAUUCCACAUUGUAUCUUAAUUCGCCCUACCAUCAGCAAACAGCAAUAAGUCCUCAUCUAUCUGCAAUGCAUCCUGGUAUAAACAGGAACAUAGCCCCUAAACCCAGCAACCAAAUGCCAGUGACUGUAUCUCUAGCAAGCAUGGCUGUUUCUCCUCCUCCCUCACUUCAAAUGAGCCCACCUCUCCAUCAGCAUCUUCACAUGCAGCAACACCAGCCAUUCUCAAUGCAGCAGUCUAUUGGAAACCAGCUACAGAUGCAAGGGCAGACAUCUUUGCAUUCACCAGCAAUGCAGCAGGGAUUUUCUCUUCAGUCAGAAUAUCAGAAUCUUAUCAGCCCAACAUCUACAGCUGCCCAAGUUGUUACACAAGCGAUGGAGUAUGUUCGUUCGGGCUGCAGGAAUCCUCCAGGACAGACUGUAGAAUGGAACAAUGACUACUGCAGUAAUGGCUGUGUACAGUGUAACAUAGGUUUAAUGGCACAACUGGAGGCAGACUUUGAAUUGACCAGGACUACAUCAAUGAACAUGCAGAGGGACAAAGCACUCUACCUCACCUGAACAUGGGAAUCAAACAAGGAAAACUUUUCAGAUGAGGACAGCAGGGACAGCAUUUGUCAAAGGAUUGCGUUAUGCAAUCGUAGCCCUUUUGCAUUUUGUUUUUUCCAUUUUUUUUUUAGAAGAUACAAGUUGCUAAGCACUUAGGACAUUUGCGUUUGUGGGUUAUCCACUCUGGGAAAAAAAUAGUCUUGCUUCUUUAAUUUCACUUUCCAAAAUCCAUUUAAGAACGUGAUUUCGUCCCCCUCCUUUCUAAAAGGAAAUUGGACCAUUCCAAAGUUUCUGCUGAUUUUGCUGUGAAGUGCUGCACUAGUUACUGCCUUAGCAACUGCAAACUCUCUGGAUUUUCCAUUGGUUUUCAUAACAUUUGUUCAUAUCAAAAUACAAAAGACUUUUCCAAUGGUUUAAUGUAGCACUCAUAGCAAGGUUGUAAAUAGCACCUCUGUCCACUCUCCACAAUAUAAAAAAAAAAUGUGAAUGUUUUUGUAGCUAAAUUUCAGUUUGAAGUUGGUUCCUUCCAGUUUAUUCACUAUGAAAAAUAAAACUGGCAAACAUUCAUAUUUGUACUUGUUUUCUAAUCUGUAAUAUGUCUAUAUUUUCAAAACAUUCUGGAGAAAGUGUUUCUCCCCAGGAAUGAAGAAAGAAUGAAUUUGACUCUGCUGCUGAUUAGCAGAAUGAGUCCAGCAAGACAUAGAGAACACAAACAUGUUUAUUUUGUACUGCAUUACAAUUGCUUUUUUUUUUUUUAAUCAUUCCUUGUGUAAUUGUUAGUAAAUGUCAUUAUGUCCUUAUAUGUAUAAAACUGCCAAAAGCUUACAUGUUAUUUUACUAGAUGCAGAAACAGAUUGGAAACAGCUAAAUUAUAACUUUGGUAUAUGGCUCUGUAUUUUUUUCCUCCAUACUGUGUCUGUAUUUAAUCUUUUUUUAUGAAGCCUGUUGCGCCUAUUUAUGAAAUAAUAAAUCUAGGUGUUUGUAAGUAAUUUUCUUAGCAUCUUAAGUUGAUGUUCCAACUUUUCGCUUGGAGAAAUGGUUUUGUAGCUCACAUGAACCCAUUUUUUCUUUCUGUUGUGACAAAUAAUAAAACCAAAUGCAGUUUUAAAGUACAAAAUAAAAAUGAUCCAUAUUUCCA